CCUUCCAACAGGCGGUGGGGUUUCAGUCAGGGGGGACGCUGACAGGUGGACUGUCUGAGAGCCCCAUCUGAUCUGGAAAAAAGGGACUUUCAGUGUCUUCCUCGGUCCGUAGGAAGAUCAUGGCUCCGCCAAGAAUCUGUCGGGAAUCUUUUUUGGUGCUUUUACUGCAAAUUGUGUUUAUUUGCUCCGCUCAGAGAGGCCCAGUCGGUCCCAGAGGCCCUCCAGGGCCACCCGGGAUAGCUGGAGUGCCCGGAGUGGACGGUAUUGAUGGCGACAGAGGAGAAGACUCUACAGUGACUGGUGCACCAGGACCUGACGGAGAGAAUGGCAAAGAUGGGACUCCUGGAGCUCCAGGCAUCCCAGGGGCAGAUGGACCUGUGGGACCUCCUGGGGAUCGAGGCCUCGUGGGCCCAAAAGGCUCAAAAGGGGACUCUGGAGCACGUGGGCCCCUUGGAGAGCCUGGCGCAGGACCUGGUGGACUUGAUGGUAUUCCUGGUUCCGAUGGGCUACCAGGGGAACUGGGAAAAGUAGGACCCCCUGGAGCAAGAGGGAGAAGAGGUCAAGUUGGUCUUCCUGGUCCUCGUGGUCCAAGAGGGCCUCCGGCUGUCUAUGAAGGCAAAGACCUGGGACCUCGUGGAAACCCGGGCGGCAUAGGCCCUCGUGGAAUCCAGGGAGCUCCGGGGGAUCCAGGCCAGAGAGGACCCAUUGGUGAGAACGGCCCAAAAGGAGUGCUGGGGGACCGAGGUCCACCAGGAAUCAGAGGAGUUCCUGGGCCAAAAGGAGACCCUGGCCUUCCUGGUCCAGAUGGUCAAGAAGGAAUUCCUGGACUGCCAGGGUCCAAGGGUCUUCCAGGAAAAAAUGGGGCUCCAGGUGAUGCUGGCCCACAGGGACUUCCUGGUUUGCCAGGAGCUUAUGGUCAAAAAGGACACGGAGGUGCAAAGGGUAACGCAGGCGAUCCAGGAGUUGUUGGUCUGAUGGGGUCUCCAGGGAAACAAGGUGGACGAGGAGAAACAGGACCCGAUGGGCCCCCGGGAUUAUUAGGAGCCAGGGGGAGCAAAGGAAAUCCAGGCCUACCCGGACUCCCUGGCCCUGCUGGUUUCCGUGGUCAGAAAGGAGACAGGGGUGCAGUCGGUCUUGAUGGUCCAAAGGGAGACCAGGGACUUCCAGGAGCUGAGGGAACAGCAGGAGAGAGAGGAGAUGUGGGUGAACCAGGAGAAUCUGGAGAGAAAGGAUCGUUAGGCCCACCAGGAGAGACGGGAAAUAAAGGACCCGAGGGCAGCCGAGGACUGCCAGGGAAAGAGGGCAAGUUGGGCCAACCAGGACCCCGUGGCAUGCAGGGGGACAUGGGGGUGCCUGGCCUGCCGGGAAUACAGGGACCAGCGGGAAAAUCACCAACAGAUACACACAUCAAACAAGUCUGCAUGAGGGUAAUGCAAGAUCAGUUUGCCCAGCUAGCAGCUAGCUUGACCAGGCCUGAGUCAGGUAUUGGUGGGAUGCCCGGUCCUCCAGGCCCACCUGGACCUCCAGGCCCAACAGGAGAAAAUGGUUUCCCAGGUCACACCGGAUCAAGAGGUCUGCCUGGUCUGAAAGGGCCACCUGGACUGAUGGGAAUCAAAGGACCUAAGGGUGACCAGGGUGAUAAAGGGGACAGGGGACCCAUAACGACAGGACCCAAAGGAGAACCAGGUGGACCUGGUUUACCAGGCAAUCCUGGUCGACCAGCUUACGGCAGAGACGGUCGUGACGGAGAGAGGGGACCUCGUGGGGUUGCUGGUACAGCUGGUGUUCCCGGACCUCCUGGUCCUCCUGGUUUGAACAGUUACUGUGAGCCGUCGCAGUGCAUCCUUCCCAUGGUGGCAUCACCGGUUUCGGCAAAGGACUCCAGCAUGAAAGGUCCCACUGAGAUGUGAGGAGGGACCACAGCUGCAUUGGGCGGAAAGCUGACAGAGUGGAGGAGAAACUAGAACUCUGUAGAAAAUGUGUCUAUUUGAGUUUUGAAGCUUGGUGUGUGUGUGUGUGUGAGUGUGUUGUUGUGUUUUUAAAUGUAGUCAGCUGAUUUGGAACUAGAUUUAUUUUUAAGCCAUCUUUGUGGUUAUAAAGUCAUAUUAGGGUGGACACUGAAAAACACCCAUCAGCUUUUGAAACUCCUUUAUAUGACAAAAAAAAUAUUUUUACCUCAACUUUGCCAUCUCUGUACUGUAAAAGUAAAAGGAGGGUUUAUUUUUGAGGAAUUAAAAGCUCCCUCUGCAAACCUUCUGGCCCCUUCUCGAUUCAAACAACACGGCAAUAUUUUCUGUGUUUAUGUAAAUGUGUCAAUAUGCAAAUUAUACUGGUGAAAAACAUACAUUAGUUUGUGAGUAUCUUUGUUGGUUGUCCACUUAAAUCCCCACUUGUGCUUUUUGCUCUUAAUGUAGGCGAAUGUUUGAUCAUUUCUGUCUCUGUGUGGUUUUGAUUAGAGGUUGGCCAUGUUUGAAAACCUCUCUGGCAGUUUUAUAUGACUUCUUAUUUAUUAUAUCAAAGUUCGACGUGACAUCUUCAAGUUGUACAAAGGAGGGAAAUAAAAACAUUUUGAUAACCCCUGGCAUGUUUUGUAUGAACAAGUAAAUAAAAAUGAAGUGCACUUAAAA